CGUGGCUUCGUCUCUGUUCGUCUUCACCAUUCUCCGCCCUCUUCCCUUUGAACUUUUUACCCGGUCAACCUUAGGCCAACUAGUGUCUACUCGUGCCGGAGCUUUACUGAGCCGGACGAUCGAUUUCACCCCAGGUUCGGCCUUGUCCAUGCUUCAUAUGGUAAGAAUGAGCCUGAUUCGAAUGGAGGUGGCUCCUCCCAUGCUUCGCCAAUCAUCACUCUAUUGCAGAAAUGGCAGUCGAAACGGCCAGCGGAGUCUCUGCUUCGCGAAGAGAUCAUUCUCAGUCUCCGCUUCAGCUACUGAAUCCUGCGCUGCUCUGAAGAAGACAAAAGGAGAAGAAGUUCGUGUUCGUUUUGCGCCAUCUCCUACUGGGAACCUCCACGUUGGAGGAGCAAGAACUGCCCUUUUCAACUACCUAUUUGCCAGGUCCAAGGGGGGAAAGUUUAUCCUCCGAAUUGAAGAUACUGACUUGGAAAGAUCAACAAAGGAAUCUGAGGAAGCCGUGCUUUCUGAUCUUUCUUGGCUUGGUCUUGAGUGGGAUGAAGGUCCUGGCAUUGGUGGAAGCUAUGGACCAUAUAGGCAGUCUGAGAGGAAUGCCCUUUACAAGGAGUAUGCUGAAAAACUUUUACAAUCUGGCCAUGUUUAUCGUUGUUUCUGCUCCAAUGAGGAACUGGAGAAAAUGAAAGAGAUUGCAAAAUUGAAGCAGCUGCCUCCAGUAUAUACAGGAAAGUGGGCAAGAGCCACAGAGGAGGAAGUGCAAGAGGAGAUGAAAAAGGGGACCCCUUAUACAUAUCGGUUUCGAGUACCUAGUGAAGGGAGGCUGAAAAUUGAUGACCUCAUCCGUGGUGAGGUAAGUUGGAAUCUGGACACUCUUGGGGAUUUUGUUAUCAUGAGAAGUAAUGGACAACCCGUUUACAAUUUUUGUGUCACUGUUGAUGAUGCUACCAUGGCUAUUUCACACGUCAUAAGAGCAGAAGAACAUUUACCCAACACAACUGAGACAAGCUUUAAUAUAUAAG